AAUGACGUCACGUUGGGGGUGGAGCUUGUGGUGCGUUAAAGGGAGCCGUCCUUAGUCAUUCACACACAGAGCAGGAAAAGGAUUCCGGACAACAGCAGGACAAACAAGGAAGUGUUUAAGAAGAAAGCAAAGACAAGAUGACGAUCGGCAGAAACUCGAGGAAAACCUCAACCCGAAGCUCCAUCCGGGCCCCCAAAUUCCUUGAUAAAUCCAGCGGCUUCUACGGCCGCCUUGAUGAACCCGAGCCCGCCACAGACGACGGGUGUGAAAUAAGCGGAGGUAACGUUGAGGCUGAGGUUAAAGAUGGCGGUUCCUCUUCAACGAUGGUACCCAACAUGUUGGCAGACGAAGACGUGGACGGGUUUGGGGUUAUUGAGGACGACGGAGAGACUCUCCUGCAAAGAAAGCCAAGCCGCCUCAGCAGCCGGUGGAGGAGAAGCACCAGCAGGAAGCAGAAGGACGAGAAGGUUGAAGAGGACCAAACCCAAAACGAGAAGUCCAGCCCGGAAGUUCAGGAAGACAAGAUGAAGGUAAAGACGGAGGAAGAAAUGGUGAAGGAAACUGGCCUUGUUCACUUCCAAGUUCGGGAGUUUGCGGAUGACCGGGUUCUGAUCCGAGACAACAAGAGAGGGAGAGAAGAAGAGGAGGAAGAGUCAGAGGAAGAGAGGAAGAUGAAGAAGGAGCAAGAGGAAGGGAUGAAAAUGGUGAAGAGGAAGAAUUAUCGCAAGGUGAGACUUUGUUUCUGCCGGUUUAAGAUGUCAGACAAAUUCCACAUUUAUGCUGCUUGGUUAAACUUUAAUCCCCUUAAAGGUUACGUAACCGAGCAUGUGGAACAAGAGGGCAAAGUUCUGGCUCAUCAUUGGUUAUUAAUCACCAAGGAAACCCUUCAUAUCACCUUAAUAGUACAUCACCACCUGGGACAAAGUACAGCAGCCACUGGUGCAUAUCAGAACACUUUAAUUGCAAUUUUUCCUUUACCUCACCCUUAAUGGGUCAUAAAAAUUAAACCAGGGGACAGAGGUCAGCAGGCUGCGCAAAACGUGUACUUUCACCAUUCUCGCAUGUCGUAGAGAUUUUCUGCUCCGACUGAGACGCGUUCACUCCGAGGUGGCAUUCCUGAGUCUCCGGUUCCUCGUUCUUUGAUCAGUGGACUGAAACGAGAGCCUUCCUAUCAAACCAAUGGAGUGAAAACAUUCCUCUGAUGUUAAUCUACCAGCAUAAUUCUCACAGUCAGACCUCCUGUACCACCAGAUUAGGACUUUUUCAGCUUGAAAAUGGCCAAAUAUGAAGUUUUUCCACUGACCCAAGCGCCAAGAAUCAUGUCUGACUCUCUCCGGAAAUCUUUCAGACUAGAUUUUGAAAGUACAAAACGUUGUUGUUCAGUGGUUGGCUGUUCUUUGAGCAUAUCAAUUAGCAAAUCCAAGCGUUUCUCAAACUUGAAACUUUAGUCCGCUUUAAUUGAACUCUGCUUUGUCUAGAAAGUUUGCUUCAUUUGUGGAGGUCUGAAUUUGCAAUCGAACACUGAUGCAGACUGAAAAAGCAAACUCUAGUCCUCUUAAAAACCUAUCUUAGUUUGGUUGAAGUGAACUCCAUUUGGCGUUCGAAUGCGAACUCCAAACAAACCAUAGACCGCUCCAAAAGCAGGAAGUGGACUACUGAGCGGGACAUUCUGGGUAAAUACAACCAAAACAACCAUGCUAAUUCAGCGCUAACAGGAGAAGUAGCUUGUGGUUUUUUUUAUACCAAAGACAAAAAAGAAAGCCUACAACCACAAAACUCUGACGCCACUCCAUUUUUGUCUAUAUUUUGUGAAGAUUAAGUUGUUUAGUGACUUCUUCAGAGUUUUCUGUGUUGUUUCCUUCUGUGGUUCUUGGUCUUCAAAUGGUUUGGUUUGUUUGACAGAGUGCUGUGUGAAAAGCAAACCGCACCAGUUGAAAAGAAACAAAUGUUGCAAGAGGGCGUAAAAAUAUCCACAAGCCCCUCAUCUUGGUUCACUGUUGCCAACUUACUUCUGCAUUAAGGGAUUUAAUAAACAUCGUUGUGCCUUGAGAAAACCUCUUUUUGGACAAAUAUCUUCUGAAGACCACUAGCUGCCCCUUCUCCACUGGUUGAGAACUUUACACUUAUGCUUUAGUGAUUUUUGAUAUUAUUAUUGGAUGUAUCUCAGGGACAGACUUAUUCUGUUUUUUCAAAUUAUUCAUUGGAAACCCUCCAAGCAGAUCUUCUGUUUUAUUUAAGGUACCAAAGCCACAUUUGAUCACCGGCUCAAAGUCUAAAUGUCUAAAUUGUUCGUGUGGGGACUGGGUUAUUCUACUCUGAGCAAAGAUUCUUUGAAACACUGUUUUAGCUUUUCCAGACCUUGGUAAUAAAUGGGACGAUCCAUAUUAUUUGCUAUUUAACGUCCCAAUUAGUGUUUCUAGGUAACUUGUUUCUUUCAAACCUUUUGAGACUUCUGAUGAUCCUUUUCACUGUUGUUGGUUCUAUUGAAGUUCCUGCUGGUAAAAGUCCCUGAAAUGUAAAUUUCCCACUAGUAUUAGACUUUAUUUCCUAGUUACUUUCCUUUCCCAGAAAAGAGUGACAUAGCUGCCCCACUUUUAGAAACAAUAGGCAGCUUGUGCUCCUAACAGGGAAAUUUCAGUUUCCAUUGAACUAUACAGGUGACCAGAACAAAAUGCAUUGAGAGAUAUGAACAAUCUUGCAGUAAAAAGCAUAAAAGAAAACAUUAAAAUGUAAUCCAAAGUAACUAAAGUAGGACUAGUCUGCACAAUCUCCACGUUUAAUUCAUGUUUAAUAAUUGUCUUCUUUUC